AUGGCGACAGCGACCGCGCUGGACGAACUUCGCAAGACGAUCUGGACCUGCCCCAUCAUCGACAACCAUGCGCAUAACCUCCUGCGUCUUCAUCAGGUAAAGAGCGCCGACUUUCUCAGUGCGACCUCUGAAGCUGGAGGAGAAGCGUUGCAGGACCAUGUCAAGGCACUGCCUCACUUUAGGGCCCUCCGCCAGCUCAGCAAGCUCUAUGGUCUGCCAGCCGAUGUUAAUUGGGAUGUUAUUCUCAAGAGGAGGAAGGACUUGCUGGACACAGACCCGAAGGCACUGGUGGAGAAAUGUCUGGCGGGCACACAUGCCAUCCUUAUCGACGACGGCCUGGAAGGCUCCUUGCAGAAGUACAGCUGGCAUUCCCAAUUUACAACGGCUCCGUGCAAGCGUAUCGUGCGCAUUGAGGCCAUUGCUGCCAGUAUCCUCUCUGCGAUACAUCAACAGGGCAAGCUACCUGUGGGAGUCGCCAUCGCGGACGAAGAAGCCUGUCAGCUUGCCUGGAUCGCCUUCAUUACCGCAUUCGAGCAGGCCAUCGCCGCAUACCUUGAGGACGACGAAGUGGUAGGAUUCAAAAGUGUCAUCUGCUACCGGACUGGCCUCGACAUUGAGGUAGGUAGAGAUGUCGAAGUCAACGAAGCUGGUUCCAGGAGUUUCCGUAGAUACUAUUUGCCGCACUGCACGAUAAGCAACUUCCGCGUCCAAACGAAAGGCAUGAAUGAUGCGCUGGUUAUCAGCACCUCAAAGCUCAUUGAGGCUUACGCCCAGAACAACAGCGUUGCAAAACCGUUCCAAUUCCAUACUGGCCUCGGCGACAACGACAUUUCGCUACUAGACUCCAACCCAGCGUGCAUGCAGCCUCUCAUCAAGGCUUUUCCCGGCGUACCAUUCGUGUUGCUUCACUCGUCUUACCCAUUUACGCGCGAAGCUGGGUAUUUUGCGACCGUGUACAAGAACGUGUACCUUGACAUAGGAGAAGUCUUUCCAAUGGUCUCGAGAGACGGUCAGGAGCAAAUCCUGCGUCAGGCACUCGAGAUCACGCCGACUAGCAAGAUUCUUUGGAGCACCGAUGGCCACCACCAUCCGGAGACUUAUUGGCUUGCGAAUGAACAGGGAAGAGAAGUGAUUGAGAAGGUAUUUUGCAAGUAUGUGAUUGCAGAAGACUGGACCAUCAACGAGGCGACACAGGCUGCCAGGGAUAUUUUCUUCAAUAAUUCCAACCUGUUGUACAACUUGGGGUUUGAAUACCCUCGCGACAACGCUGGAAUGGAAGAACGCGCUGCAGAGAGUGUAAGUCAGCACUACGAUGAAGCAGACACGUAAUCGCAUCUUCCCGACCCUUAGUCUCCUCUUGAUGAACACCAAAGUAACAAAUCCGCUUCACAGAUUUCCCGGCUGAUAUCGCGCAUAGCAAGAGCUCGUCGCGGGCACCGAAGCACUCGCACUCGAGAACGAAAUGCCGGAGACCCACGCAGGCCGCCCAUCCGCCGGUUCACUGAGCGCUAGUAGUGACCUCGGCUCCAUCGACUAUGUCUUCGUCCAGUGGCUUGACUACAUGGCUCAAAUUCGAUCAAGAUGGCUACCUACCACCGAAUUUGUGCGUUUAACGUCACCUCCUGGCGCUGAAAGACUGGCGAUCUCCAAAGGAAACCUGUUCACUACGCCGAAUGAUCAUUUGAUAUCUAGCGCGGAGCCUGUGGGAUCUAUUUACGUGGAACCCGAUAUGAUGAGCUUGAGACCAAUGCAGGACACCGGACCCGUGAAGCGUGCCGCGACUGUCAUGGCUAGAUUUACUAACGAGGAAGGGUAUGGACUGGAUGCUUGUCCGAGAGCCAUGCUUCAGCGUCUGGUCGAGACUUUCGAGAAAGAGCACCAGAUCCAAUUCCUUAUUGGUUUCGAGAUUGAAAUUACAUUUUGCCGUCGAAACGCCUCCCCUUCGUCUCCCGGAGAGGUGUUCACCCCUCUGGAUACGAAUCAUGCCUGGGGAACUUUCUCCGACGAACAGUACCUCAACUCUGUCGCCCUCAUGAUAUGCAUUGCUUCUGUUCUGCAGAAAAUUGGCAUUCCAAUUCAGUAUCUGCAUUCCGAAGCUGGAGCGGGUCAAUACGAAUUCGUCCUACCACCAAUGCCGCCCAUCCAGGCUGUUGAUACCUUGGUUCAAGCGAAGCAGUGCAUUAUGCAAAUUGCUGCUACGAAGGGCCUAAGAGCUACUUGUCAUCCGAUGCCGUUUACGGGUGUUGGGACUGCUGCGCACGCGCAUUUCUCGCUGAACGGAGAGGGCGCGUCGGAGAAAGUUGAGAGGCAGUUUAUGGCGGGUGUGCUCGAUUCCUUGAAGGGCAUCUGUGCGAUCUGUAUGUCGCAGAUGGAGAGUUAUGGGAGGGUCAUUGAUGAUGGCUGGACUGGGGGACGGUGGGUGGCUUGGUAAGUCCUAUUCUGAUAUGUGUGCAAGGAAAGCUGGCUGACAUGUUCCCUGAAGGGGAACAAAUAACCGAGAAGUGCCUCUUCGCCGCGUCUCCCCUCUCCGCUGGGAAGUCAGAUGCCUGGAUGGGUUCGCCAAUCCGUACCUCGCACUCGUUACUCUGUUCUCCGCCGGACUUCUUGGAAUCCGCAAUCAGCAAGAAUUGAAGAUGAAAGACUGUCUCAAGAAUCCAUCUAAGCUGAGCGAAGAGGAAUUGAAGGAUUUGGGUAUUUUGGAGAAAUUACCGACGACCUUGGACGAGUCUUUGCGUGCUUUGAAUGAUGAUCUGGAGCUGCAGAAAAUCAUGGGGGAGGACUUAGUGCGGAAUUGGAUUGAAGUCAAGAGGGCCGAACAGGAAAGUUUGAGUGAGAUGGGGGAGGGCGAAAGGAAGGUUUGGUUGAUUGAGAGGUAUUGA